CCGAAGGGAGGGAAGGGGAAGAUGGCGGCGCUGCAGGGGUUUCCCGUCUCGGUCUCUUACAGUCACAGCGGCUCCGCCGACACAUCGGCCGGGCCGCAGCCCCAGCACCAGCCGCCACACGCCGAGCGGAGUAAAGAAGAGGCGACAGAAGCUGAGAAGUUGAGUAAAAUGAACUCCUUGCUGGAGAAACUGCACGCAAAAUACAGUCAGACAAGACCCUGGACUGAGACAGCAAAACUUGUGCGGCAAGCCAUGGAGAAACGAGGUAUAAUGAACACAGGAGGCCACCAGCAUCUUAUUGCCUGUUUGGAGACUCUGCAGAAAGCAUUAAAAGUCAUGUCUCUGCCUGCAAUGACAGACCGUCUAGAGUCUAUUGCCAGACAGAAUGGCCUUGGUUCUCACCUGAGUCCUUCUGGUACCGAGUGUUACAUCACAUCAGAUAUGUUCUAUGUAGAAGUGCUGCUGGAUCCAACAGGGCAAGUCUGUGAUGUCAAGGUGGCUCACCAUGGAGAAAAUCCAGUGAGUUGCCAGGAACUGGUGCAGUAUCUGAGAGAGAAGAAUUUUUUGGAGUUCUCAAAACACCUUAAAGGUCUCGUCAAUCUGUAUAAACUCCCUGGGGACAAUAAGCUGAAAACUAAGAUGUACCUGGCUCUACAGUCCCUAGAGCUUGAUCUUUCAAAGAUGGCACACAUGUUCAGAUUAGCAACAAAUGCAAGUAACCUUGAUACAAUACUUCAAGGAAGUGUUGGUUAUCUUACCCCGAGGAGUGGUGGGCACUUAAUGAACUUGAAGUACUACAUCUCUCCUUAUGACCUGUUUGAAGAGGGAACUGGUGCACCUAUGAACCUUAAUGAAAAUAAUGUUCCCCGUUCUUUGGGCAUGAAUGUGUUUGUAACGAUUGAGGGUCCCACGGGAAUGUGUAAACUGCCUAUAGCUCCCCUGAUCACUGGCUCCCAUCCCACAGACAACAAAGGCACACCUUCCUUCUCUUCUGUGACUAAUGCCAACAGUGUGGAUCUUCCAGCAUGCUUCUUCUUAAAAUUUCCACGGCCAAUUCCUGUAUCAGCUUUUUGCAUUCAGAAACUUCAGAACUUCUUAGGUAUCCCGCUGUUCGAUCCUCCUGCCACUCUAGUUCCACUCUAUGAACUGAUCACGCAGUUUGUACUCUCAGGGAAGGAUGGCACCUCAUCAACUUUGAAACACAACAUGCGGUUUUAUGCCUCUUUGCCAGGCCAGCAGCAUUGCUACUUUCUGAACAAGGACGCCCCAAUCCAUGAUGGAAGGUGCCUGCGGGGAGCGCUGCUUCAUAAAAUCCCUUUCCGGCACCCAGGCCAGGUGCCUCAGAUUCUAGAACUUAUCCGACACCAAGUGUCCUACAACACACUGAUUGGGAGCUGUGUGAAAAGGACUGUACUGAAGGAAGAUUUACCUGGUCGUUUGCAAUUUGAGGUGUGCCCACUGACUGAUACCAGCUUCAGCCUGUCCUUCCAGCACCCAGUCAAUGACUCGCUCGUCUGUGUUGUGAUGGAUGUGCUGGACUCCAGGCAAGUGAGCUGUAAGCUCUAUAAAGGACUGUCCGAUGCACUCAUCUGUACUGAUGACUUCAUUACCAGAGUGGUACAGAGAUGCAUGUCCAUCCCCGUGACGAUGCGAGCAAUCCGUCGAAAAGCUGAGACCAUCCAAGCAGACACACCGGCCUUACCCCUUAUUGCAGAGACCGUUGAGGACAUGCUGAAAAGGAAUCCACCCCCCGCCACCAGUCCAGGCUACAGCACACAACUGGGCAACAAUCCAGCAAGCGGCACCACGACUCCGACCAGUACCUUUCCCGGGCCCAUCUCCACCAUCUUCAAUUUGGGAAACAUGGGCGUGAAGGAAAGGCACGAAUCAGGGCACGGGGAGGAUUCCUUUAAAGUAAACCAGAAUCCCAUUCUGACUAGUUUACUGCAAAUUACAGGGAGUGUCGGUUCAUCCAUUGGUUCAAGCCCCACACCACCCGGUCAUACACCACCACCAGUAUCUUCCCCUGCAAGUAAUACCAAAAAUCACCCCAUGCUCAUGAACCUACUCAAGGACAACCCAAGCCAGGAUUUCUCUACACUGUAUAAUAGUAGCCCCUUGGAGAGACAAAAUUCUUCAUCGAGCUCUCCUAGAAUUGAUGCGGCUUCAGGCAGCACGAAACAGAAAAAGAAGAGGACGAGGUCACAAACAGAUAAGCCCAAGCAGCAACAGACUGAAGAGGACUUCCAGAGAGAACUCAUAUCCAUGGACUUUGAUGCUCCGAACAGUGUCUUUGAUGUAAACCUGGCCGGAGAUUCUUUGGACACUCCGCACAUCACCCCUGCCCCCAGUCAAUGUAACACACCCCCUACUACAUACCCUCCAACAGUGGUGCACUCUCAGCAAUCCAGUAUGCAGAGAAUGGUGCGGCUACCUAGUACGGACAGCAUUGGAGCUGAUGUCACAGAGAUUCUAUCCGAUAUAGCAGAACAGACAGCAAAGCUGGCCACCACUGGGGACAAUUGCCAGUCCAUUGGGACGCCUGUCCGUGAUUCUUCAAACUCUUCUCAUUCUGCUGUAAACAGCACGUUUGACACGGAUGUUUUUCAAGGUGAAGGUAAUGAGAACACAUACACUGAUCCUGCAGAUUUAAUAGCAGAUGCUACUGCUACUCCAACCAGUGACUCUUCAAACCAGUUUUUUCCUGAUGGAGUGGAUUUUUUAUUGGAUAAUCAAGGUGGGAGCAAUUUUGUGAGUGGCUAUUUUGAUGAGAACAGCCAGGGUGGAGAUGUCGACGACACAAAGAGUUUUGCUUCACAGGCCCUUGGCUCGAUGAAUGUGCAGACAAUGAGUGGUGACACUGGAGAUCGCUCCAAAGGGAGCAGCCACACAGACAUGGUGGAUUUCAGUAUGUUUACGGGCAGCAGCAAGUCUUUAGGACCAUCCGAUGGGAUGGAACAUAGUGGGAAUCAGAGCCCUUUGUUGAGCACAGUGGAGGUCGGAAAAAUGGACAAAUCUCAAAAACAGCGAUCUGCUAAGGAAGGAAAUGGCAGUGGGAACAGCAAUUUAUCAGGAAUAGGCAUUGAUGGAAAGCCUGGGAAACGCACCAGGACGCCAUCGAAUGAAAGCAAAAGCAAAGAAAAACCUCCAAAACGUAAGAAAACUGACUCAGAAAGUAAGUCCCCAUCUCAUAGUGUGUCGAGUCGUCCUUUCACUCCACCAGCCAGCACCACUGGUUCCAAAUCUCCUGGGAGUUCCAGCCGGUCACAGACGCCACCUACUGGGGCUACGCCUCCGAUCCCAAAAAUUACAAUUCAGAUUCGCAAAGAGAUGGUUGGCAAAUCGUCUUCACAUAGUCAAUUUGGGUCAGGCCCUUCAUCCAGCAGUAAAAGUCACCACUCUCAUUCCUCCAAUUCCUCUUCCUCCAGCAAAGUGAAAAGCAACAAAUCCGAAGGCUCUUCCAGUUCCAAAAUGAGCAGUAGCCUUUACCCAGGCCAAAGCAGUACCAGUUCGAGCCAGUCCAAGAGUUCUUCUCAGUCCAUGGGAAAACCCAGCUCUUCUCCAGUUACCAAGCAUGGGUUGACCAGUAGUAGCAGCUUGAGUUCCAGCAACAGCAGUAGCAACAAAAUGAAACCUCAAGUUAAGUCAUCUUCCCUGGUUAAUCCAUCUGGAGGAAAACCCAAUGUGUCGCCCUCCCACUCGAGACCUUCAGGCAACUCGGACAAACUUUCAUCACCAUUGAAGCCCAUUCCAGGGACGCCGCCUACAAAAGCUAAAUCCCCAGUUAGCUCUGGUUCAGGAAGUUCUCACAUGUCGGGGUCUAGUUCCAGUUCAAGCAUGAAACAGUCCUCUGGUAUGGCAUCCUCCAGUUCUUUGAGCCAGAAGCCUCCAACCUCCUCAUCAUCUUCCUCCUCGUCCUCUGCUUCCUCAAUGUCUUCAUCUCAAAAUGCUCAUGGAAAUUUAAUCAAGGGAAAAUCUCCAAGUCGAACCAAGAAGCCAUCCUUGACUGCAGUGAUAGACAAAUUGAAACAUGGUGUGGGCGGUGUAGGCGGUUCAGGUACAGAAGACUGUCCAGAUGGUCAAAUGACUACAGCAACAAUGCCUUCUACUCAUAGCUUGCCAUCCAAGCACAAUAUGUCCCCUGCAGAUUACCAGGGAAAGCGAGAGAAAAGCGACAAAGAAGGAAAAUCCAAGGUCUCUGUCUCGGGCAGCUCGGGUGACAGUGGAAAGAAAUCUUCCGACUCCAAGAAUGGUGGUGGUACUGGUGUGGCAAAAAUUAUCAUUAGCAAGCAUGAUGGUGGUUCUCCUAGCUUUAAGGCCAAAGUAACCUUGCAGAAACCAAGUGAUGGUAGUGGUGAUGGUUUGAGACCACAGAUAACUGGUGCAAAAAACUAUGGCUCACCCUUGUUCAGCGGUUCAACACCGAAACACGAACGCUGUUCACCAAGUUACAGCAAGUCUCCUGCCUACACUCCUCAAGGUGGAGAUAGUGGCAGCGAAUCUGGAUCGUCCUUUGCUGAGAAAUCCCAUCAGAACAGUCCGAGCUCAGAUGACGAUAUCCGGCCACUCCCCGAGUACAGUUUGGAAAAGCAUAAAAAGCACAAAAAGGAGAAGAAGAAAGGGAAGGACAAGGAUCGCGACAGAGACCGGGACCGUGACAGAGACAGGGAGAAGAAAAAAUCUCACUCCAGCAUCAAACAAGAAAGUUGGUCAAAGUCUCCAAUUUCAACUGACCAAUCCUUAUCAAUGGCAGGGAACACAUCCCUGAACUCUGAAAGGUCAUCUCGCCCUAGCCCAGCAUUUUUGAUUGGCGAUGAUGAUGACCUCAUGAAUGUGGCUCUGAUUGGUAACUAAAAUGAAGUGCAUUGUUCUUAAAGCAAGACUGUCAAUUGUACGACUAUAGUAUUUUGUUUCUGAUUAUACAAGCUGAUAACUCGCUCUGAUUUCGGCAGGUGCCUCAGAUCUGCCAUGCAUUCAUAACAAAGUUUUCAAGGUGUUAAGUUUGUCAUUGUUUUUGAUGUCAGCAACCACUUAUCAGACAGUGUAUGUGAAAUGUAACUAUUUUUUGUACAUUUUUGAAGGGUUGGGCUUUGUCAAGUUUUACAUAAACAUUUUGUGUCUUCCCUUAACAACAGUUUUUUAAGGGAACAAGGUCCACCCAAGUGUGGGGGCCCUUGUAUGAAGAUGCCCUCCCCCAAAACAAAGGAUUAGGCUCAGAAAAGUCUUAGCAAAGCUUUGAAGCUUCUCAUCCUAGCUCUAUCUUAUUUGUGUUUGGCUCCUGCAUUUUACAAUGUUUUUUAAUGACAAAUCUAUUUUAAAAUCAAAAGAGGCUGAGGCUUUGUGUGUUAAAAGUCUUUCAUAGUUUUCAAAUAAAGAUGGCCCCUGUGAGAAUUUUCCCCUUGACUCCCAUCCCACAUGCAAAAGAUAGUAGAUUUUAUUUAACUAUUUGCAAGGCCCAGAUUCUUUUAUGUAAAAACCUAAGAUGCUUUUAACAUGCUUUAUUUUUACUAUUUAUUAAUCUCUUAAUUUCAGUAUUGUUUCAUAUGCUUAUUGAAAUCAUUUUUUUAACAGUUUCCAAAGCUUCUUUAUAAUCCUUUUUGAAGUCAAAAGUUGUACAUUGCUUCGAAUACACAGGUUGUGCUGCAAUUCCCUUUCACGUUUUUGUGAAGAGUAAGAAUAUGUACUAUUAUUUGUAUUAACACUUUGAGGCUGAUGGUUUUGUUUAUUUGAAGGACGUUUCCAAAAUAUUUUUGUCAACUUGUGUCAGAAUUCAGUGUGAGAAUUUGUCUUGCAAUUCUUCCCAUUUCCUCCUAGUUUCAUAUCAUGAGUUUGGUGAUAAAGGAUUUUGCAUGCAAACAACCAAAGGGCUUAAAUUGAAAGCAUGCACCCAUUAUCUAAAAACCGAACCAGCCAAACUUUCUAACUGAUCUCCUAGAUGUGUAUUACAUUUGACAUAAUUUUGUGUCCACAGCGUAACCUGUGGUACAUAAGUCUUCUCCCUUUUGUCUUGAUGAUAGAUUGGGGCGCCCCCAUGAGACCAUUAAUUAAUUGUAUGCAAAUGCUGUUCCCAAAAAGAGGGAGAGAAACCUGGCAUAGAAUGGUAUCUGCUACACAUGGCAGUAACUCUUUACACUCCCCAGAAGAAAAAGGCUAAAAGGUGUUAAAACGGAACAACGCUUAAUAGGAAAAUUUAAGAGCUCGUGUCCCGACUUCCCAUUCUUGGUGGAGAGGGUCCUUGCCUACCGUUAUCCAUUUGACCUAUAUUUAUUGGAAUAGCGAAGCAUCUUUAAAGCAAUUGUGUCAUCCAUGCAACAAGAUCGUGAAAAACAUAGACCAGUGCUCAACCUGACUUUGUCCCUGUGCUGGAUGGAAGUUUCAAUUUGAGGCUUCAGAAAUGAAGAAACGAUCCAGAUUGGAUUCUCUAUAAAUGUAAAAAGGAAGUUUCUUUCAGUGUUGUUCUGACACCACAUUUUAGUAAAAGCUACAGAUCUUUCUUACAAGUCAUUUACAAAACAUUUAAGAGCAUAGCGUAACUGCACCAACUGUCCAUAUCCACCUCAAAGCAACUGUUGAAGUCCUGAAAAUUAAAUUUGGGAUCCUAAAUUUUUAUUGAAUUGUUCAGACCUCAACAAUGGUUCAGCUAAUGGAAGAGUCUUUUCCUUUGCCCUGCAUGUUGUUGUCCAGUUUGGCCAAAGAAGUCAUAUUCAAUAGUAUUGCCAAAAAGAAGUUCAUUGGCAUUUUGCUCAAUUGAUUAAUGAUUUUGAUUAAUGAUAGGAGAUGCAUGAUCAGUUACAAUUUAUCCAGUGUAUAAGGGUGACUACAGAAUGUACUGAACAGCUGUGAAUGGUCUGCGACCAGAAUCUAAUAUGUUGUAUUGAGCACAUUGCGGGUACUUUUUACUGAGCAUGGGUGAAAGACUGGCAGUUAUGGAUUGGACACUUGUUUUGCACCCCACCUGAUUUUGUUUUUCCCACUGAAAUGAAUGGAAAGAAAAGCUUUGGGAUGUUAAAUAGGCAGAUGAUCCACACUGCCAGUCUUCUGUCCACACUCAAAAGUGAAAAUUCUCCUCAUUCUCUUAUUUUAGAGCAGUUUUUGACUGUACCAGUGCCAGACCAACCUUAAGAGAACUUCCUUUCCUCUUCCCACUGACCUCAGCUCAAAUUCUGUUAUUCACCAAAUGUACAUUUGUUGUGUUAGUGUGUCCUUCAUCACCUUUACUUACAAUCACCCUUCACAUUGCUCCAGUCCUCAAGGCACUGACUCUUAUAAGGGUAAGGAAUACAAACAGCAGCGGCCCACCGUUACUGCACCCAAGUAGCCGUCUUCUCAAAGCCAUGGCAGUGAGUGUCAGCAGCCUCUUUGACUGUGAAGGGUGUUGUUCCAAAGUCCAGCCCUGUUCUUGCCCAACAUCCUAUGCACUUCAGUUUACAAACAAUAUCAUAUGGUAAUCAGCAGGAGGAAUGCGGGCUGACCGCCCCCUACCUGGGCAAUUGAUGUUGGGGCAACCCCAACUACGACCCUGGAUGAGGUCAGUUCGCUCAGCAGAGACUGGGAAUUCAACCUGUUUUUCAUUGCUUAAAGCAUGUGCAUUUUGUGGUUGGAGAAUACCUUGGUUUUUUUUGAUAGUAGAAUAAGUGGAUUGUGGCAGUUUCUUCAUGAAGGUGCAGAUGAUUCCCUGUUAGGAAAUAAAGUAUUUGUGGGAAUUCCAUCAGAUGUCAUUAGAAAGUAUUUCAUACAAGAUUAAUGACUUUUAUUAGUAAAAAUGAAGACACCGGUACAAUUUUUUUUUAGAAUCAAUUGAAGUUGAAGAAAAUUGCAUUGACAAUAUUAAGAAAAUAUCAUUAAUUCACACUGAGAAAUGUUUUUAAAGAAUGAAAUUAACUCCUGUCAUUAACAAAUGACAGCCUUUAUCGAACCUGUAAUUUUCAAAUACAAGAGCUUACAUUCAUGUUGUUUUUGCCAGCAGUGUUACAAGUCAAGAUUAUAUUCAGAUUAAGGUGGGUAAAAGCCACAAUUUUAGCAACAGUGUACUUCGGAUUGCAUUUGGCACAGUUCAACAGCUUGAAAGCAUGCAGGUACUGCGACUUUCUCAACAACUGUAUGUUUCAUGCACCCUGGCUAAACACAGGUGUGAUACCAAAUUAUAGAAGCAAAACAUUACAGCACAGGAACAGGCCAUUUGGUCCAUUGAGUCUGAGAGGAACAGGCCAUUUGGUCCAUUCAGUCUGUGCCAGUGGUUUUCUCCACAUGAACCACUAUUUUGCUUGCUCCCUACACCCUUUAUCUGCUCCUCUUUUGAGGAAUUAUCGAAAUCUCUUCCAAAAUAAUUUAUGGACUCUGCUUCAACUAUGAUCUAUGGCUGAAACUUCUAAAUUCCCCACACCCAAUGUAAAAAAAAACUUUGUUUUAAUCCUUUUAUGAUUGUUUUAAAUUGGCACAAUUUGUGAAAUAAAAAUGGGAAAUGCUGAAAAUGCACAACUGGUUAGUCAGCAGCUGAAAAGGAAAAGUUGGUUAAUUUAUGGUUGGACUUCUUCCCUGAACAGCUCCACUGGCAAUUUUUAAUCCAUUCAUCUCUUCCAGCUGCUGACUGGCCUGAAGUAGCUCCAAUAUUUUGUGCUUUUAUUUAAAUUUACAGCAUGAUGGUUUUCCUUUUAAUCAUCUCUGCAAUUCUUGGAUAUGAAGUGUAGCAACCGUUGUUAAUGGAUUUUGAAUUGGUUCUACUUUCUUAAGUAUAUCUCCAAUUAUUGGUUCCAGACUAAAAUUCAGGGGGCAGGAGAAGAGCACAAAAUAUCAGUGAAAAUAUCAGAACUUUUAUUGAGUAUUAAGGUAUGGGUAAUGGUCAAAUCACACUAGGUGAGUGGUCAGCCAUGGUCUUAUUGAAUGGGGGAGCAGGCUGGAGGGGCUGAUUGGCAGACUCCUCCUGGUUUGUAUAUCCGUAAUGGUGCCAGAAAUCUCAAUGGAGGCCUCCUUUAUCAAAACUGACUGAAAAGCGAAUAGACAUUUCUUGAUAUAUUGUUGGAAUUUUAAUUUAAGCUGAACACAUUGUACAAUUUACAUUUUCCCAGUGCUUUCUUGUGUUCUGUGCACCUGGAUAGCUGGUGUAAAAUCUGUUCCCAGUAGCCUCAGAGUAAAAGUUACUGCUUUGCAUUAAGCCAAGCAGGACAGACCAGAACACUAAUCUUUCAUUCCUUGUCUGUGCUGAGUUUUAAUUCGUAGCUGUGGCUUAGGUUCCCCUAGGCUUUAGGGAGGAGAAAAACCAUCCUUGAUUCCUCACCACUGCUCAGUGACCCCUGCCAGAAAAUUUGUGGGUGCUAGGCAACAGCAGCUGUAAUGUCCAACGUAGUCAAAGACCAAGACCAGACACCCAGUCUAGUCCAGAAUGAAGAAUUACGCUUUGGUGAGGCAUCAGAGGGCACCUUGGAACUACCCCAGCAAGAGUCAGUGAUGACAGUAACAGCAGAGAAAACUGGUACAGUAAAGCCAUUUUAGAGUUCCUAUUCUAAAACUAAAGAUUACAUUUUACCCCACCCUCUCAAUUAGGCAGCCAUUUUGAAGUGUGCAUUGGUUGAGGUAAUUGGUUGGCUCUGUAUAUAAAAAUGAAAGUCAAAAUGUGUGAUUUUUCUUUUAAAUUAUUUCCAGAAGCAUUCAAAUAUUUGGUUUAGAAAAUAUUUUUAUACGUAUUUUGGCAUAACACCUUGUAAUUUCCAUUUGUAUAAUGAUCUUAUAGUGUGGCAACUAAGAUUCCCAGUGUUUGCCUAAAGCUGAUGUAGGUAAAGAAAAUGGGGUGACUUUUUUGUAUUGAGCAAGUUUUGCUUUUUCUUUCCAUCCAGCAUGUAAAUGAUUUGCACAUUUCCUCUAAUUUAACAUAAAGGCUGGAUUUGUGCCAUAAUUUUUUGCAAAAUGUUAAUGUUUUUCUGGCGCACGCAUUGAAAUAGAUGGUGUUACUUUAUGGUAAAAAUAUACAGGUGUUAUUGUUCAUACUUGGAAAUAAACAUUUUAGCAGGAGCAUUUCUGUGUGUUAACAUUGCAUUUUCAGGAACCUGAUCUGUAUACUGCAGUGUUGAAUGUUUCUGCAUUGUAAUUUUUGAUGUUCCUAUUGCAUAUGUUUUUCUUUAAAAAUAAAUUAUGGGGAAGCUGGGGAUGAUUUGAAGUGCAAUGUCCUUUCAUUUUUGAUACCUGUGUUUGACUGCAGCCCAGACUAUUGGAUUUCAAGAAUUACCUGUGAAGUACAUUUUAGAGUCUUAAAGGAUACGGCACAAGAAGGCAUUUCAGUCCAUCAUGCCUCUGUCAGCUAUUUGACAGGGCUAGCCUAUUAAUUCCACUCCACUCCUUCAAGUAUUUAUCCAAUUCCCUUUUGAAUGUUACUAUUGAAUCUGUUUCCACCAUAACUUAAUGCAGCGCAUUCCAGAUUUUAACAACAUACUGAGUAAAAAGAAUUCUGCAUGUCACUUCUGGUUCUUAAAAUGCAUGUCCACUGGUUACUAACCUUUCCGUCAUUGAGAAUAGUUUCUCUUUUUACUUUUAUAAAAACCAUUCAUGAUUUUGAACACUUCUCUCAAAUAUCUUAACCUGGAUGAAAGGUAAUCUCGACCUGAAACAUUAACUUUGUUUCUUUCCAUAGAUGCUGCCUGAUCUGCUGAGUAUUUCCAGCAUUUUUUUGUUUUUAUUUCAGAUUUUCAGCAUCUACAGUAUUUUGCUUUUCUCUUAACCUUCUAAACUCAAGAACAACCCCAGCUUCUUUAGUCUCUCCACAAAACUGACGUCCCUCAUCCCUUUCUUUCCAGUAGAUUUUUUCUGCACCCUUUCCAAGAAUUUGACAUCUUCCUGAUGUGUGGUGUACAGACUUGAAUACAAUACUCGAGCUGAGGCCUAACCAGUGUUUUAUAAAGGUUUAUCAUACUUUGCUUUUGUACUCACUGCCUCAAUUGAUAAAGGAUUCCAUGUGCUUUUUAAGUAACCUCAACCUGUCUUGCCACCUUCAAAGAUUUGUGUAUAAAUACCCCCAGAUCGUUCUGUUAAUGCACCCCUUUUGAAAUUGUAAAUUUUAAAAUGUAAAUAAAAUUUUAAUUACUUGUGACAUACAA